CCACUAUGGGCCCCGUUGAUGGCAAGCGGGCCACCCAGUUCAUCGCGGAUAAGGUUCCUCUGCUUGAACAACCUCCCCCUGAUACUGUAGCUACGGUGCCCUCACUACCUGUGCCCAGAUACAAGCCCAAAGAGACCAUACCAUCCAGCGUGCGUCUGGCCAAAAGGCCUACUGUUUCCUCGCCUGCGGAGCCAAGUCGUAAGAUCAUCCGAGGCCAACCACGAGGCUUGGCUCUUCCGGAGGCCACUAGGUUGUCGGGGAACAAUGUGGGUUCCGAUCUAGUUAUACGGGACGAGCCUCCAUGGGACACUUUCAAGAAAUUUUAUGAAUGUGACUUGGCAGGCACUGUUGCUGUAUGUGUCCGAUGCUCUGGUCGCCGUGCAGUCUGGGCGAUUCGCCAGUAUUCCCGCAAAGACACUGACAGAAUCCUCAAAACCCUCCGGUCCACGCGGCAUGGAAAUGUGGACUCUGUUUGGCAGUGCUUCCGCACCCCUGAUUCCCUGUAUACCGUCAGCAAGUUCCAUCCACUCACGCUAGAUCAUGUCGUCGCCUGCAAAGCCUUUCCAAACCAGCAGCAGCUGGCUGCCAUUCUAUCUCAGUUUAUUGAUGGACUGUCAUAUCUUGUCUCCCAGAAUCUCCAGCAUACGUCACUGGAUUGUUCCAGCAUACUAAUGAGCCUCGAAGGGGAGAUUCAAAUUGCACGGAUCGAUUGUUGGACUGUUCGACCACCAGGAAGGGUCCAAGCAGACGAUUUAGCGCCUAUAGCGCGAGUAAUGAUGCAGCUUAUGCAGAAAUAUGCCAAGGAUGACGGGGCGGUUGGGAUUGACAAUCUUGAUCGCUGGCAGAAGUGCCCAGCUGCUAUUGAAUUCCUCUCGGCGACGACGUCAGCUGGCUCGUUUGAAGACUUGAAAAAGCAUCUUCUGUCGGAAGUCCGUUGGUCUCCUAGUGACCUAAUUGGUAUUGCAUGGUUUGCCUUGAUAUCUGCACGCACCUUUUACUCGUACACACCUCCUUCGGAUGCGGAAACAUAGAGCACAUAUGUGGCUAGAGAUGCUCCUGUACCUAAGAGAGGGUAAAUACUUUCUACAGGGC